AGAAGUAACAAAUUCGAAAUUUUUACAAAAGAAGAAAAUCUAAACCCUAACAAGGUUUAAGAGUCUUUAAUCCUUACAAGUUCCUCUCUGCUUUAAAAAUCGAAAAUCCAGCAUAUUAGUGUGAUUGUUGUUGCCGCGCGUUCUGCUUCUACUAUUCUCUGUCAUGGGAGCUCCGAAACGACGCCGCAGCUCAAAGGACGAGGAGAAACUCACCGCUAAGCUGAGGAAAACAGGGAAACAUGGAGUGCCCGCAGGAAAGUUACAUGAAGAGGAGCAGGUAGAUGAACAUUUUGAGAGCGAAGGAGCCGAAUUGGCUGCCAACACAAAGCAGCUGACAGUCUACGAUAGUUUAUUGAAGAAAUUGGGUACACGGAAUAUUUCUGUUGCAGACGCGCUUAGAAGAAGGCAAAGAGAAGAACAAGGGGAAAGUGAUACAGAUGAAGAUGAAGAUGAAGAUGAGGAUGAAGACGAAGACGAAGACAGUGAUCCAGAAUCCAUUGACGAGUUGGAAGGAAAGGCUGAUGAUGAUGAAGACGACGACGAUGAUGGAGAUGAUAGUAUGUCACCUAGGCAUGACAUUGUUGGAAAAGAUAAGGACCAUGUGGAACUGAGUGAAGAUGCUGGGGUAGAUGAUUAUGAUGCAACGUCUGACUCAGAUGAAGAAGCCACAUCAGUAGCAAAUGAUCAAGCCCUUUCAGAUGCAUCUUCAGUUACAAGCAACUUUGACAAUCAUUUGAGUUACAAACUGGUAUCCACCGAGGUUGAUUCUUUAUUGAGAAGGAAAUGGAAGUACACAUGGAAGAUGCCAGCUAUUAACAUGUCAAAUUGUCAUUGGAAAGGAACAGGAGAAUGCUCUAUUAAGGAUCUGGAAACAAAUUCUCUUUCUGGUCUCAAGCCUAGGUUAUACAAGCAUUGGUUGGAAAGCUGCAAGGCAUCAAGCAGCAGUGAAUGUCAUCAAUCUAAACUAAGAUCAUUUUUUUCGAUCUGCAGCAACUAUUAUGAUAUCAUGCACUGUAACAAGAAGCCUUUUUACCUCAAAGGAUUGGAAGAAGAUUCAAACGUCAUGGAUGCGUACCUCAUGCAUUCGUUGAAUCAUGUCUUUAAAAGCAAGGAUCUUAUGGUAAAAAAUGAAAGGAAGUUGAGUAAGAAUCAAGUAAGUGUCGAGUGCCAAAGCGGUGAUGAUGACGCUUACAGGGAUCGUGGCUUUACUCGUCCUAAGGUUCUGAUCCUGUUGCCUCUAGCGGGCAUCAUGCGCAGGGUUGUCAAGAGGUUGAUACAGUUAACUCCGACCAAACAUAAGGCGACUGUGGAAAAUUUGGAAAGAUUUUGUGAAGAGUUUGGUUCUGGACGGACUGAGAACAAGGAUGAAGAUGAUGAUCUAGAGAUCCCUAAACUCAGAACGUCUGGAAAACCACCUGACUUCCAGUCACUUUUUGGCAGUGGUGAUGACAACAACGACCACUUCAUGAUUGGCAUAAAGUAUACCAACAGGGGUAUGAAGUUGUAUGGUGAUUUCUAUACUUCAGACAUCAUUAUUGCAUCUCCUCUCGGCUUGAUCACUAAAAUUGGGGAGGCAGAAGCUCAAAAGGAAAAAGAUGUUGAUUAUCUUUCUUCCAUAGAAAUCUUAAUCAUUGACCAUGCAGAUGUUAUGUUGAUGCAGAAUUGGUCCCAUGUAAAUACUGUUGUUGAACAAUUGAAUAAGCUGCCAUGUAAGCAGCAUGGAACUGAUGUUAUGCGCUUAAGACCAUGGUAUCUAGAUGGACAAGCACGUUUCUAUCGGCAGACAGUAAUUUUAGGUUCUCAUACAAAUCCAGAAAUGAAUGCCUUGUUUAAUCAGCAUUGCCUUAACUACCGAGGAAAGGUUAAAUUGGAGUGCUCAUAUAAAGGUGUUCUUCCAAAAAUAUUAAUUCAAGCGCGACAGAUCUAUGAGCGUUUUGAUAUAGAAUCAAUAGUGGAAGCUGACAAUGCCCGUCUGAAAUAUUUCUGUGAAAAGGUCUUCCCCAAGAUAAAAGAUUCUGUUCAGGAUGGAGUGAUGAUUUUUGUCAGCUCUUACUUUGAGUAUGUCCGACUUAGGAAUUAUUUGAAAUCUCAGUCUGCUUCAGUCUGCUUGUUUGGAGAGUAUAUAAAGCGAAAUGAGAUUUCUCAUGUCAGGGGUGAGUUUUUCAGAGGAGAAAAGAAAAUUAUGCUCUACACUGAGCGAGCCCAUUUCUAUUACAGAUACAAGAUUCGCGGUGUGAAGAAUUUGAUAAUUUACUCCUUGCCAGAGAGAAAAGAAUUCUACCCACAGAUAGUUAACUUUCUGGAAGAGUCUGAUAGCAUGAAUUGCAGAGUAUUGUUUUCUCGUUUGGAUAAUCUCCGGCUUGAGAGAAUAGUUGGAUCUGCUGCUGCAAAAAGGAUGAUCGACUCAGAUAAAGGAGUGUUUGUUUUUGCUUAGAAUUUGUUUCAAGAUGCAGAGAUCAUCACAAGUGGCAUGUUACCUUAUCUUCGAGAUUUCAUAUUGUUCAAGAAAAUUUGGAGCGAGUGCUUCAAGUUGUGAAUGGAUUUGAGUUUGAUGUAUCACCAAUGAGUUCCCUUAGCAGCGUUGAAGUUUUUCGACUUCGACUUUGCACAAUUUUGAGACAUGCAUAUUACUACUUUGUAAUUUUUAGAGUCAUAUUUCAAAUAACCUUGUAUUCCAUUCGUCCAAUAAAAAUAGUCACAUUUUUUUUA